CGACCCGAGGGGAGAUCUGGACGAACUGUGUGAGAACCGUGAAGCAAGAUUACAUACUAUACGCCAACUCGGCAAUCCUUACCCAGAUCCUCCAUCAGGACGCCAGCAAUUCACUAGAGGGCAUCCGAGUCUGUAUGAAGUACCCGAGACGCCGAUCUCACAUGCAGAAUUUCGAGAACGACUCCAAGAGGCAACAAGAGGUAGAGGAUGGAGACUCGUCCGUGCCAUUCUACGAGCACGUCUGCUCGUAUGUGAGACGCCUAGAGACAUACUGAAAAUCGUUGCUGUUGCAAUGCAGACUCCACAAGUGGCACAGAACUUGCUGCACCUGAACGAGCCGAUCAUGAGAGCAUUGUAUCGCUGUCGGGCGAAAGCAUCCGACCCGGAAGUGCUAAAGACUCUCAGUACAAUCGUCGCGCGAUUUCGCAUGUCUAAUCUGCAUGUUAAACCAAAUUUGCUUUUCAUGGCGCUGAAGUUUGCCGCCAGAGCACGGAUUCUUUCAUCAAUGCAGAAAUAUCUGAGAUUGAUACGAGAGCAAGGGCUGGGGAUGACAAGCAACGUCUAUCGCAGCGUCAUUGCAAAGUUUAGUAUUGGACACCGCGGUCUUGGUGAGAUACGUAAUGGCAGAUGGCGGAGAUCCGAGCUCCGUCAAGUGUUGCUUGGUUUCGAUGAUUGCAAAGAUCUGCCUCCUGAAAAGCAAUACCAUUUCGGUUCGUUCCUGGUCCGGGACGACUGGCAGUAUCUUCACGGAUGGGUUGCAGUUUUGGCACGCUGUAAGGAAAGCGAAGAAGUCUGGAAGGAGUGGCUUUUGUGGAAAGAGACGGACGCUUUCAAAAAGCCGAAGUUGUUGAUCAUAGAUGAGCGCAAGGAGAUGAGAGAUUCUCGCGACACGCCAAUCACAAAUAAGUCCCGUGGCUCAUACUGGUUCCUCGAGCAGAUGUGUUAUGCUGGUGACAUGGCAAAGGCCUGGCAGAUCCUCCAAGAAGCUGGUCUAGCUUUUCGCACACUAAAACCCAGAGUAGCGGACAUACUUUUGGGAUCAUUAGAGCAUGCUUCAGUAUGGAACGAAGAAGUACGAUCCGCAAUGUUAGCCAAGUAUGAUCGCGACGUGGGAAAGAUUGAACAGGCGCUUGGCGUACGAUGGGUUCCUGGAGCCGAUGAAGGGGAAGGCCACCACGAGCUGUUCAUGGACCAAGAAGCGGCACUCGAACGUCUAAGCGAACAAGACUGGAAGCUGGACGAUGAUUUCGGCUAUCCGUUGGACACGAGUCCGAUAGUUUCUAGGUCCGAACAAACCCUCCAUGAUGCAAAAGAGAGCUUCCAUCCGAGGUGAUCCAUAGAAUCAUGACGAGCACGAUUCACGAGAACUACUGAUCAAACACAUGCAAUCGCUCGCAGAUAGUAGCACAUCCGAAGAUCUUCUCAUUUGUAGUGAAGCGCUAAUGCUCAUCGAUGUUCAGGC